GUUUGAUUUUUUUUAAAUCAAUCAAGUUUAUUGUUGCAGAGAACAGUUGAAAUAUUUCGCAUCUUUUAUUCAGAUAAUGUUCUGAGAUUUCCAUCAUGUUAAAACACGAACUGUUGUGGUUCUUGUUGGUUGUGUGUGCGUUCUUUUUGGCAACCUCUUCUGUUGCCAAUGAAACAGACAUUGAAUAUCCAACCCUAAACCCUGACGCGACGUACUGCUUUGAGUACACUUGGUUUGGACCUGAUUACGACAACAAUACUAUAUAUAAUGGAACUUGUGACGACUUUAAAGACGACACAAGAGCUGGAGAUGAUAUUCCGUGUGCUUCACCCAUAGUUAUAUCAUAUGAUGGAACAAUUCCAGAUGUCACAUACUUAUGGAAUAAUAACAAAGCUAGUGUAUUGUGUAGAAAAUCGGAAAAUCAAGCUUGUGUGACUUAUACCUAUUGGUAUAAGAAUUUAAUUACCAAUCAAACUCAUAUGUGUGCCCGAGUUAGGACAGAUUCCAGUUCAAACAACCAAUUUCCAGUUUGUUACAAGCAAAAACAAGGAGGAUACGAAGUGGAGUUGUGCAUUUGCAAUAGCGGAAGUGGUUUGAGCAGUAUGCCCUGUAACAGCAAGGGAAUAAUUACUUCCAAACUUACUGUCGAAGUUAUUUUAAUAGCUCUGUUAUUGAAUUUAAUUGGAAAAGUAUUAUUUUGACGAAAAUAUAUUUUUGAAUAAAAUUACUGUCAGUGCGUCUGAAAAAAUAAAUUAAUCUCAUAUUUUGUAUUUUCUCGAUGAUGAGAUAUCCAAAAAUAAACAUAUUUCAUAAAUAUAAAUUCCCAAACAAAUUAA